AAAGUCUACCAGAGGCUUACCUGAUUGUUGCGCCUCCUUUGCCCUUGGCAUACCGCACUUAACAUCCUCGUCUUCCCCUUUCGACUACAUCCCAGUGGCCACUAAACAUCCUCUACACCCUCGCACAACACCGGGCCGUUGGUUGCCUUCCUCAGUCAUGGCAACGCCCUUUCAAACCGAGGCCUGGACCGAAUACGGCAUUGGGUCUUUGGUAUUGUUACUACGGUUUUUCGCGAGAUGGAAAACGGUUGGCCUAAAGAACUGGCAAGGCGAUGACUACUUUGCCAUGUUAUCCUUGGUAUUCUGGACGGCUGAGUUGGUCAUGUUAGAGCUCAUCGGCCAAAACGGAACAAAUAUCGGUGUCACGAACGAGAUCGGCGCUACUCUGACAGACGCAGAGAUCGCAAGGAGAGAAUUCGGUUCGAAAUGCCUUCUCGCCGGCUGGAACUUCUACGUGACCCUCAUUUGGUGUCUCAAGGGAACCAUGCUGUGCUUUUACAACCGCAUGACGCUCGGCCUAAAACAACAGAAGAUUGUCAAGUGGACGCAACUGGUGUGUGUGGUGGCGUACAUUGGCGUCAUAGCCGUCAUCUGGGGCCACUGCACUCCUGUCAGGAAGAACUGGCAGGUAACGCCGUAUCCCGGUGAUCAAUGCACCCUCGCCGUUGCCAACUACAUCAGUCUUGUGGUCCUCAAUCUAUCCACCGAUUUCGUCAUUGUCAGCAUUCCAGUUCCUCUGCUCUGGAAAGUAAAGCUCAACAUCAAGAGGAAGUUGAUAAUCGGCGUUCUCUUGUGCUCUGGUGUCUUCAUCAUGAUCGCCACAUUACUGCGCUGCGUCCUGUCGCUGAAAGACAUUUCGGGCAUCAACACCAGUACGAUUUGGGCUAUUCGAGAAACAUUUGUUGGUAUCAUCGCAGUCAACGCCGCCGCUAUCAAGCCUCUAUUCUCCGCAUCCCGAUGGAUCGGGUCCAGCAAAGGAAGCAGCGAACGCUACAAGUCAAGCGGCUACGCAGCCAAUAAGUACGGACAUCCUUUAGGCACAAUCGGUGGCUCAGGGGCCGGCCCCAGCGCGAAUUCUGCGAACCGCCAUCGCAAGAUGAUGACAGAUUUGGGAGACAACUCCAGCGAGGAACACAUCGUGCAGAAGCCCGACUACGGCAAAAAGCCCGAUUACAGUGCAUAUCAGAAUGAUAUCCGAGCGGAAAGCACGAAGAGUAAUGGAAGUAGUCACCAAAACGGUAUCAUGGUGACAAGAGAAUAUGAAGUCAGUCCAGCGAAAUCGACAUUGGAUGUGUAAGAUAUUAUUGUUAGAGUUAGAAUAAAGUAAUGGAAUGUCUUGAUAUUAA